UCUUGAUGAACCAGAAGAAGUUCCUUUACCAUUUCAAAAAUGUCCGCUGGGCUAAGGGUCGGCAUGAGACCUACCUGUGCUAUGUAGUGAAGAGGCGGGACAGUGCUACUUCCUUUUCACUGGACUUUGGUCAUCUUCGCAAUAAGAAUGGCUGCCACGUGGAACUGCUCUUCCUCCGCUACAUCUCGGACUGGGACCUGGACCCUGGCCGGUGCUACCGCGUCACCUGGUUCACCUCCUGGAGCCCCUGCUAUGACUGUGCCCGACAUGUGGCCGACUUUCUGCGAGGGAACCCCAACCUCAGUCUGAGGAUCUUCACUGCGCGCCUCUACUUUUGUGAGGACCGCAAAGCUGAGCCCGAGGGGCUGCGGAGGCUGCACCGCGCUGGGGUGCAAAUCGCCAUCAUGACCUUCAAAGGUGAGGGAGGGCCUUCCGCGCAGGCGCAGUGCAGCAGCCCGCAUUCGGGAUUGCGAUGGAGAAUGAAUCAGUCGGUGGGGAAGCUUUAG